AUGACUCUCCUCCACACAGUCCAGACCACCUUCACACAGCCUCUCUAUGCUGGAGUUACGGUUUAUAAUCAUGGAGACAAAGUUAUGUUCUGUAAGCUACAGACUAUUCUACAGUCACUGGCACCAGGUGAAAUUGUGCAGCAAGAAAAUCAACUGGACAGAGCAAGAUUCUGCUGUUCGAUCUGUCUGGAUAUACUGAAGGAUCCGGUGACUAUUGGCUGUGGACACAGCUACUGUAUGAUUUGUCUUAAAACCCACUGGGACAAUGAGGAUAAGAGAAUAAUUUACAGCUGCCCUCAGUGUAGAAUGACCUUCAGACCAAGGCCUGUCCUGGUGAAAAACAUCAUGUUCGCUGAUUUAGUGGAGGAGCUGAAGAAGACUGGACUCCAAGCUGAUCCUGCUGAUCACUGCUAUGCUAGACCUGAAGAUGUGGCCUGUGAUGUCUGCACUGGGAGAAAACUGAAAGCUCUCAAGUCCUGUUUGGUUUGUUUGGCCUCUUAUUGUGAAAAACACCUUCUGCCUCAUUUCCAAUCAUCCCCAUUUAAGAAGCACAAGCUGGUGGAGCCCUCCAAGGAGCUACAGGAGAACAUCUGCCCCCAUCACAAUGAGGGGUUGAUGCUCUACCGCACUGAACAGCAGUGUAUCUGUUAUUUCUGCUUUCUGGAUGAACAUAAAGCUGCAGAAGAAAGAACUGAGAGGCAGAGAGAUCUUGGGCUGAGGAGACAAACAAUCCAGCAGAGACUCCAGGACAGAGAGAAUUAUGUAAAGCUGCUUCAACAGGUCGAGGAGGCCGUCAAUGAGAAGAUCUACACUGAGCUGAUCCGUCUGGUGGAGAACCGAACCUCUGAUGAGCUUCAGGAGAGACUGGAGCUGGAGAUCAAUGAGCUGAAGAGGAAAGACGAACUGAAGCAGCUCUCGAACACAGAGGAACACAACCAGUUUCUAAACAACAACCCCACAUUGUCACCACUCCGGGAAUCUACACACUCAUCCAGCAUCAGUAUUCGUCCUCUGAGGUACUUUGAGGAUGUGACAGCUGUUUCACAGGUCAUAGGUCAACUACAGGACAUUCUGAGUGAGACAAAGACAAAGAUUUCACAGAUUGUGUCUCAAGUGGAUGUUUUACUGCCACAACCAGAGCCUAACACCAGAGCUGACUUCUUAAAAUAUUCACAGGAAAUCACACUGGAUCCAUACACAGCAAACAAACAUCUGUUAUUAUCAGAGGGAAACAGAAAAGUAACAGUAAUAAGUGAAGAACAGUCUUAUUCUAAUCACCCAGACAGAUUCAAUUAUUUGUAUCAGGUCCUGAGUAGAGAGAGUCUGACUGUAUGUUGUUACUGGGAGGUGGAGUGGAGAGGACGAGGAGUUGAGGUAGCAGUCGCUUACAAGAAUAUCAACAGAGCAGAAGACACAAAUGAAUGUAUAUUUGGACACAAUGAUAAAUCUUGGUCGUUAGAUUGUGAUGAAAACAGUUAUUCUGUUUUUUACAACAACCUCAAGACUCCAGUGUCAGGUCCUCCGUCCUCCAGAAUAGGAGUGUACCUGGAUCACAGUGCAGGUGUUCUAUCCUUCUACAGCGUCUCUGACACCAUGACUCUUCUCCACAGAGUCCACACCACAUUCACUCAGCCUCUCUAUGCUGGAGUUAGGGUUUAUUGCUAUGGAGUCACAGCUGAGGUGUGUAAACUCAAAUAG